CGCUGCUGCUGAUGACGCACAUGGGAUGUGUCGCUCAGCCUCUGUACAUCAUCUGAGACUCUGUCAUCCACUUUGUGACAACAAGGAGGAACAGCAUCGUUUCUGUAUCGUGUCAACUUCAACACUUCGGUCUCCAUCACAGCUGCAGGGACGCAGGGCUGUUGACGCAUUCGUUGGCGCACACACACACACACAUACACAAACAUACACACACCACACACACACGGGCUGUGGAUGUCCGGGGAGCUGGAGCUGGGCCGACACACCGUCACCGACAGAACCAGCAGAGGGUUGUUUUUGCCAGACGAACCGCACGGCUGCUCGGCUCGCUACUGACGGCAAAAGCAGGCAUGGACGACAAGUCAUUCACCAAGGAGUUGGACGGAUGGAUCGAGCAGCUGAACGAGUGCAAACAGCUCUCAGAGAACCAGGUCAAAGUCCUGUGUGAGAAGGCCAAGGAGAUCCUGACCAAGGAGUCCAACGUGCAGGAGGUGAGAUGUCCGGUGACGGUCUGUGGAGAUGUCCACGGUCAGUUUCAUGACCUGAUGGAGUUGUUCAAGAUCGGGGGAAAGUCUCCAGACACCAACUACCUCUUCAUGGGGGACUAUGUUGACAGAGGCUACUACUCUGUGGAGACUGUCACACUCCUGGUUUCUCUGAAGGUAAGGUUUCGUGAGAGAAUCACAAUUCUCAGAGGGAACCAUGAGAGCAGACAGAUCACACAAGUGUACGGCUUCUACGACGAGUGCUUGAGGAAAUAUGGAAAUGCAAAUGUUUGGAAGUACUUCACAGAUCUGUUUGACUACCUGCCGCUCACUGCACUAGUAGAUAACCAGAUCUUCUGCCUCCAUGGAGGAUUGUCCCCUUCAAUAGACACACUGGAACACAUCAGAGCACUGGAUCGCUUACAGGAAGUCCCUCAUGAGGGUCCCAUGUGUGACUUGCUUUGGUCAGACCCAGAUGAUCGUGGUGGUUGGGGCAUCUCACCCCGUGGUGCCGGUUACACCUUCGGGCAGGACAUUUCUGAGACCUUCAACCACGCUAAUGGCCUCACUUUGGUCUCAAGAGCCCACCAGCUUGUGAUGGAGGGCUAUAACUGGUGCCAUGACCGCAAUGUAGUGACGAUCUUCAGUGCACCAAACUAUUGUUAUCGUUGUGGAAACCAGGCCGCAAUCAUGGAACUUGAUGACACAUUGAAAUACUCAUUCCUACAGUUCGACCCUGCACCACGCAGAGGAGAACCCCACGUGACGCGGCGUACCCCUGACUAUUUCCUGUAAAGAUCACUACAGGCUACAAAGGGGACGAGAAGCUUUCAUUAUCCCACGGACCAGAAAACAAACGUGUGCCAUAAUCACAAUGAAACGAAAACUAUCACAUUAACUAAAGACCACCGUCCUUUCCACUUUUUCCUCUCUGUGCAUGAUGUUUUUAUUGCUAGAAAACGAUUGCUACUCUGAAAAUAACAGUAACAGUACCUGCUGGUUUGUCAGGAAGACUGAAUGAACUGCUGAGAAUCAUAAGAUGUGUAAGUAAUCUUUGUGUUAGGGCGUAAAUGAUGAGCGGAGUGUGUUGCCACAUCAUGGCACCCUCACUGCGUCUUUCACCUAGCAUGGCCUCUAAUCAAAGGUUGCAGUAAAUAUAAUGUGAACUGUUUUCUUUUUGUAACUGGAGCGCAGCAAUUUAUUUUGUGAAGUUACAUGAUAGGGUUGGAUGUCAGAAAUGAAAAUGUUCUCUUUGCACUUUUGUAUUUAUCACAUGAGCGACUGCGUUCUUUUAUACCCUGUUUUAGUGUAAGUAGCUCUCUCUCUGCUCUGCUGUGUCUGAUGAGAGUUUGUGUAUUUCAUAUAAGUAGGCAACACUGGUACAGAUGGGAUCAGUUGUAAAAUAGUAAUAACAAAAAAAACCCACUAUAUGUUUUGCAGCCACAGCCAUACGAAAUAAAGACUGAAGUUACUUCAACAAUUGGAGGAUUUCUAUUCGAUUCUGUUGGUGGCAUGAUUUCCUACAGCACUCGUCAGCCACCACUAGAUGGAAUCAAACACCAGAAACAGCAGAUGAUCAGCUCAAAUAAAAAUAAUCUCACUGAUAUGCAGGAUUAGUGUGAGUGGGCAGGAAAUUGGUUCAUUUUAUUGAUCAUAUUAUUUAUUGUUUUGUAUUUGUAUUGCAGGGAUUUGUGACAUCAUGAUUUUGAAACAUAAAAUUGUCCAGACUGCUGGUUUGCAUUAUGUAACUUUAAGCAAGCCCAGAGUAAUUUUGCUUUUUAAUUGUGUAGUAUUUUCUUAUAUAAUGUUUAUGUAUUCAUUGUUUUAUGUAUGAAUUUAUUCAUAUAAUACAAAUAAUGUUUUAUUUCAAAGAAUUCUUGCUUAUUCCACAAAGGCAUUACAAUGUUACUUUUAAACGUUGUGCACUAAGUCUUGCUGUGUGUGUGUGUGUGUGUGUGUGGAAACGCUGCAAAGUUUUACGAGUGAAUAAUGAUAUUACUGCCUGUGAAUCAACGUGGCGACAAUGUCAGAGCGUCAACGGAUAUGUGGUGUUCUG